GAGUUAAGGGUUCGCUUUCAGAUGAAAGCGGAGUAGGUGUCAUGGUCACGGAGGAGGAGGUCGAGGAUUUCCUGUCUGUGGUUCUUGUGUUGGAGGCGGUUGGAGUGCUAGAGAGAUCCGGUGAAGGUGUCAAGAUAGUGGAUGUUGAUGUCGGGGAUGGCGGCAUAGUAAGGGCGUCGGUCACAAAUUAUCCACCUCCGGCCGGAUGCAAUUUUUUGAGGGUCACCGACCCAACUAACCCUUGUUACUUCAACCCAAAGACUGCCACCAACAGCACUGUUAUUUUAAACAAAACGUAUAUAGGUGGGGUUGAAAGUUACACGGUAGUGUUCGCAUUCCAAGACGAGAUAGCUAGCUUCACAUCGGUCGCGGUGCGUAACGGACUGUUGGACGGAUCGUUAAUGUCGGCAGAUGGAAAAACGGUGAUCAAAACCUUCAACAAUGCCACGAGAAUGAAAGUGAAUCCGAACGCUGAUGGUGAUAUUUUUGCGAUCUCUGAAUUUCUUGCGGCGGCCAAGGCAGACUUGGAUGCUCCAUCCACGGCACCCGGUGCCAACAAAUCCAUUGGGGAGACGUACAGAUCUUCCGGGAUAGUUAUCGUCGUUCUGAUCGAAUAUUCGAAUGUUGUUUCAAAGCCAGGCGUCAUCUCAUACAAAUACAUGCCUCAGGUAAUUGACGGAAAUGAGUAUAAGAAUGUGGAGAGUAUUUAUAAUUCUGAUGGAUCAUACACCUUGGUCGAAAGGCAUGGACACGUAUACGAAGGUGCGAAAUUCGAAGAGACCGAUGACUUUUCGGACAUCCGCAAGAACUUGAAAACUCAGGAAUCCGAGACAUAG